UUAUUUUGAUCCAGAUGAAAUCUGAGCUCUAAACUGUUUGAGUGAUUCGGUUAGCAACAAUGCCAGGUGAAGUAGUUUCAUAUCAAGAUGAUGACAAGUCCAGGACUUUUGACAUUGAAACCUCCGAGGACGAGAGGCGGAGGACUCGCAGUAGAUCUCUUAAGAAAAGGACUGCCAAUGCUUCCAUGAGGUUAACAAAUACUCUUAGGAGGCGCAGCAGCAAACGUGUCGCCAAUUGUCGAUAUGCAUUGAUAUCUGUUCAUGAUGUGAGGGAUGCCGAGGAGGAGGAAGCUGUCAUCACAUUUCGCGAGGCAUUGGUUGCUAGGAACAUGCUGCCUGUAUACUAUGAUGAUUAUCAUACAAUACUGAGAUUCUUAAAGGCAAGGAAGUUUGACAUGGAUAAAACCCUUCACAUGUGGGCAGAAAUGCUCAACUGGAGAAAAGAGUUUGGAGUAGAAUCUAUUGUAAAGGAUUUUGUAUACACUGAGUGUGAAGAGGUUCAACGUUUUUAUCCUCAUGGUUAUCAUGGUGUAGACAGGGAGGGACGACCUGUAUAUAUUGAAAGACUUGGCAAGGUUGAACCUAGCAAGCUAAUGAAUGUCACCACAGUGGAUCGGUUCCUAAAAUAUCAUGUCCAAGGUUUUGAGAAGGCUUUUGCUGAGAAGUUCCCAGCAUGUUCUAUUGCAGCCAAAAGGCAUAUAGAUUCUACAACAACUAUCUUAGAUGUCCAGGGGCUGAAUUGGGUGAGUUUUGGCAAGGUCGCACAUGACCUUGUUAUGCGCAUGCAGAAAAUUGAUGGAGAUAACUAUCCUGAGACAUUGCAUCAGAUGUUUGUGGUAAAUGCUGGUAACGGAUUCAAGCUGCUUUGGAACACAGCAAAAGGCUUUCUUGAUCCAAGAACUACCUCAAAGAUACAUGUGUUGGGCAACAGAUAUCGAAACAAGUUGUUGGAAGUUGUAGACUCAAGUCAACUUCCUGACUUCCUUGGGGGAGAUUGCUCAUGUCCAAAUGAAGGCGGGUGCCUUAGGUCUGGCAAGGGACCCUGGAAUGAUCCAGAAAUUAUGAAACUUGUACAUAUGGGAGAAGCAAUGUACAUGAGGAAAAUCAAUGGUUCUUCUGAUGGUGAUGAUUUAGGAGUCAAGCUACUUGCCUCUAAGGUCACAGACAGUGAAAUAAUAUCUACAGAGUCUGCAUCAGAUAUGAGGUCAAGUGCUUCUGGCAUCAUGGAACUACCAAUUUCUCAUUUUCAGAAUGAGAGGUCAAGUGACUCUGCAUCUAUUUGCAGCCUAGUUGAACCAGGUAGUGCUGCUGGAAAAGUGGAUGGUGCUAAUUCAAAUUCAACAAGUGAUUCAACCAUGUUAACUCAAAGAAGGCCACUGAAUACAUCCAUUCCACAUGCAGCGAGCCUAAUCAUUCGCUUCAUACUCAAGAUAUUAGCGUGCAUAUAUCAUGUAUUCCCGAGGAUGGGGAGAAUAUUUACUGCAUGUAAUGCAGCGAACAACUUAGAUAAACAAUGCAAACCACCACCAAUUGCACAUUCCAGUUCCCAAGAACAGCAGAUUGCCCAAGAAACAGAAGUUGACCCACUGUGGCAGAGACUGAAGCAAUUAGAAGGUUUGGUAACCGAACUGACUAACAAACCUACAAAAAUUCCUCAAGAAAAAGAAGACAUGCUUUGUGAAUCUUUGAGCCGUAUUAAAUCUAUAGAGUAUGACCUACAGAAGACAAAGAAAGCACUGCUUGCAACUGCAUCCAAACAAGUGGAGCUUGCUGAGUCACUAGAAAGCUUAAAGGAGAACAACUCCACCGGAGCAAUCUCUUGUUGGCCAAGACCAAGAAGUUGCAGAUAUAAUAACAUCCCGUGAUGAUGAGCACCAGUUUCUUGGGACAAAACCUACUGGUAUUGCUGAUCAUGCAUGUCGACUCAACAAAUGAAAACAUUACCACAUCUGAGUUCAUUGAUCCAUUCUUAAUGGAGUUGUCAUUUAAGGUGACUGAUCUCUUCCAUAUUGUCCUGGAUACAGAAUUAUCCAUCAUCUUAUUCUCUGUGCGCGUGCGUGUGCACGAAGCUCAUUAGUGUACAGUUGUCUUCCCAAUUAGAGACAAAUUCGGAAAAGAUCAUCUCACUUUGAUGUUCUUAUUUUUUUCUUCAGGAGUUCAGGUUGUCUUUUGUAGUUGCCAGUUGAUAGUAGUGAUCAACUGAGUAUAGAGUAAAGAGAAUAACGCUGGUGAUCAGGCCAUCAAUAUCAUUUAGAAUGGAGAUAAACGUGUGGAUAAACCUCUUUUUUUUUCUUUGGGUGUACAUAGAUAGUAUGACCAAUUUUCUGUCAUUUUCCCCUCUCCUCCCUGUGACUGAUACAGUAUAAUACAUGUCCCAGUUUGCAAUUUUGCAUUACAUA